AUGAAAGUUCACAUGCCGACUCUCUGCGUCGCGCAGCAGAUUUGCGUCACGUGCGCGAAUGAGGACAACAUGACGGUGCGUUGUCGGUGGUGCGGUGUGCGCGAAUUUGUGUUUCGCGAUAAUCCGGUGAAGCAAUUCGUCGAUUUCGCUACGAAAACGACGAAAUGUUUCAAGCAGAUCAUCUGCAUCGCGCACACCGCCAAGGCGUUCGACGCGCAGUUCAUCCUGCGUUACAUUGCGGAAAAACGCGUCGAAUUAGAUCCGCAAGUAAAAUUAAACGGGACAAAGAUCAUCGCAUUAACGGUCGGGCGUACAAAAUUUAUUGACAGCAUCAAUUACAUGCCGAUGCGUUUGUCAGAUUUGCCAAAAGUUUUUGGUUUGCGAGAUGGUGUAAAGAAAAGAUAUUUUCCACAUUAAUUUAACACUCUCGCAAAUUAAUCGUACGUCGGUCCGUUACCAUCUGUUGAAUAUUAUUUGCCCGACAGUAUGUCUAGCAAAGAACGCAAGCGCGUUUUAUCGUGGCACGCGGAACAGACACGCGAAAACGCAGUCUUUGAUUUCCAACGCAAGAUAGUGCAUUAUUGUCGUAACAACGUCAACAUCCUGCGACAAAUGUGCAUGGCCUUCCGCAAGAUAUUUCUCGAGCAAAGAAGCGUAUGUCCGUUCGAAGAGUGCACGACCAUCACUUUCACGUUUAUGCGUGUUUUCCGUAAAAACUUUUUACGCGAGAAAGAGAUAGACGUCAUUCCCCGCGGCGGAUAUCGUCUCGCAGAUACGCAAUCUCGCAAAGCUCUGCAGUGGCUGGUGUGGAAGGAGCGCGAGCUCGGCCGCACCAUUGUUCACGCAGGGCAUGGGCGAGAACAGCGUCUCGCGGAAAUCGGUGGCAUUCCCGUCGACGGAUAUUACGAGACGACGACGACAACGACGACGAACGGAGAGCGUCACGUGUUGCAAUAUCACGGUUGCUUUCGGCAUGGUUGUUCCGCAUGUUUCAAAACAGAGCGNGACAAACGUCUCUGUACGGGAGAUCGCAAAGUUCACGAUACGAUGAAUUCGCGAUACGAGCGCACGCCAACAAUGUCAUGGCGUCUUCGCAAGCGGGGCUACAUUGUGACGGAGAAAUUGGAGUGCGCUUUUGAUCGCGAUAUGCGGGAAAAUCGGGAAAUGCGAGCAUAUGUAGAACAACAUUCGAUGCUCGCAGCUGAACCACUCUCAUCUCGCGACGCGUUUUUCGGCGGUCAAACGGGAAACAUUGCAAUUCGGCGCGAAGUUACGGAGGGUACGGAGAAAAUACAUUACGUAGACGUGUGUUCUCUAUACCCUUACGUGUUGAAAACCGGUGCUUUUCCGAUUGGACAUCCGAAAAUUCUGGUCAGGGAGAAAGAAUGCGCUUGGCUCAUUGGAGCGAUGCCCGGUGUCGAUUUUUUUACGGUCGAGGGGCUUAGCAAACUGCUGUUCGCUUUGUGUCGCAGUUGCUGCGAAAACUUCUCGCAGACUCCGUGCUUGCACGAUAAUCCGCGCGAUCGCGAAUUCACGGGCAUAUGGGUAUCGUCCGAAUUACGCAAAGCUGUAGAGAAAGGCUAUCUCGUGACCGCGCAAGAGGCGAGCGGAUGGCCAAACAAAUGCGUGGAUAAAGUAUCUAAAGAGCGAUACCUUCGAGAAUACAAAGCAGUCGAGGGUAUUGCUCUAGAUAGAGAAAACAUUGCGCAAAAUCCGGGUUUACGCUCGGUCGCGAAGCUCUGUCUCAAUUGGUUUUGGGGAAACUUCGGCCAACGAUCGAACCUGACGUGUACCGAGGUGGUGAAGUCACAGGAACGCCUCGUAUCGCUAUUGUCGAGCCCUGAGCACGAGGUAACCGAUAUAUUACCUGUGAAUGACGAAAUAAUAUAUGUUUCGUGGCGAAUGCGGGACGAGGCGGUCGUACCCUCUCCGAUUACCAACGUCGUAAUAGCGGCAUACACGACGGCACAGGCGCGAUUAAAACUGUACGAAUAUUUAGAACGUUUAGGCGAGCGCGUUCUUUAUUACAAUACAGAUUUGUGUAUUUAUGUGAGCAGCGGUAAACCCGGCGAAUACAAACCGCGUACAGGAAAUUUCUUGGGCGACAUGCCGGGCAAACUCAAAGGCUACGGGCGCGGUAGUUACAUCGAAUCGUUUGUAUCCGGUGGCCCGAAAUUUUACGCGUACGUAAACGCGUAA